AUGCAAACAUCAAAAAUAUGUGUUUAUUUUCUUAGGAAUAAAUGCAAUAAAGGAGAUCAAUGUUCUUUCAAACAUGAUAAUGCAGAAGUUGAAAAAUUCUAAAAGAGCAUUUAAUAAUUAAAAAACAGAAUUCCUGAAGGAUAUAAAUAAUAAACUAGUUAAAGAGAUGAUUAACAAAGAAGUACUUAAAAUCAAUUCAGAUUUGAUGGUAAUAUUACAUAAUGAUAAAAAGGAUUUAAAUAAAGAUAAUAAUAAAAUUAUACAAAUAAUAAUCCUUUUUUCAGAGAUAGAUAAUAAAAUGAUAAUUAAGGAAGAUAAUAAAAUGAUAAUCAAGGAAGAUAAUAAAAUGAUAAUUAAGGAAGAUAAUAAAAUGAUAAUUAAGGAAGAUAAUAAAAUGAUAAUUAAGGAAGAUAAUAAAAUGAUAAUUAAGGAAGAUAAUAAAAUGAUAAUUAAGGAAGAUAAUAAAAUGAUAAUUAAGGAAGAUAAUAAAAUGAUAAUUAAGGAAGAUAAUAAAAUGAUAAUUAAGGAAGAUAAUAAAAUGAUAAUUAAGGAAGAUAAUAAAAUGAUAAUUAAGGAAGAUAAUAAAAUGAUAAUUAAGGAAGAUAAUAAAAUGAUAAUUAAGGAAGAUAAUAAAAUGAUAAUUAAGGAAGAUAAUAAAAUGAUAAUUAAGGAAGAUAAUAAAAUGAUAAUUAAGGAAGAUAAUAAAAUGAUAAUUAAGGAAGAUAAUAAAAUGAUAAUUAAGGAAGAUAAUAAAAUGAUAAUUAAGGAAGAUAAUAAAAUGAUAAUUAAGGAAGAUAAUAAAAUGAUAAUUAAGGAAGAUAAUAAAAUGAUAAUUAAGGAAGAUAAUAAAAUGAUAAUUAAGGAAGAUAAUAAAAUGAUAAUUAAGGAAGAUAAUAAAAUGAUAAUUAAGGAAGAUAAUAAAAUGAUAAUUAAGGAAGAUAAUAAAAUGAUAAUUAAGGAAGAUAGUUUAAUUAUAAUUAAGGAAGAUAGUAAAAUGAUAAUCAAGGAAGAUAGUUUAAUUUUAAUUAAGAAAGAUCAAAUAAUUAAGGAAGAUAGUUUAAUUAAAAUUAAGGAAGAUAAUAAUAUCAAGGGAGAGAUUAGAAUAUGUUUUAAAAUAACAAUAGAGAUUAAAAUAUGUCCUAAAAUAACAAUAGAGAUUAAUAAAAAUUUAAUUAAACAAAUGAUGAAUCAAAUAAUAAUACUUUUCAAUAAUAAAAGAGAUUCAAUUAAAGAACAGAAAAUGAAAAUCCAUAAAACAAUAGAUUUUAAUCAAAUACAUCAAAUUAUCAAUAAAGAAAUGAUUAUAGAUAUUAAAAUAGAGGAUAAAAUUAGAAUGAAUUCUAAAAUAAUACAAGAUAAUUGGAAUGUGAACAUAAAAUCCUUACACAAAUUUAAACUAUUGAAAUUAGUGAAUUCAUAUAAUCUAUUUAUAUUGAACAAUUUAAAGUCUUAGGAGUAGCAAAGAAAAAAUAAAUCAUUUUUUAUAAAGUCAAUGAAUAAAUUGAUACCAAUAAUAAAACAUAAAUUUAAUUACCUGAAAAUACAUGUUUAAUUUAUUAAUUUUGGAGUUAAGUUAUUGAUAAUUAACUUGUAUUAAUUGUUUGCUAUUAAACAAAGAAAAUAUCAUUGAGAAAUAUUGCAAUAUAUCCAAAUUUGUGGUAAAAUUAUUAACAUUAUACCAUUUUGGAUGUUAGUAUUAAGGAAAUCAUACAUUGUAGAAUAUAAGGAAAUUUAUGUUUGGUAUUUAGUAAUGAUGGAAAUCUAAGAGUAUAUGUUAUUCAAAACAAUACAAUAUUGUUUCCUCCUAGAAUUUACAAUUUUUAGAAUCCUAUUGAAUCUGUAUUAAGUAUUCAAAACUUCAACUAAUAGGAUACUUAUUAUAUAGGAUUGUAGAAUGGAUAAUUAUUAACUUUUAAUAAUGGACAAUUCAUAUCCAUUCCUCAUGAAUUAAAUAAUUAAUAAUAUGCAUUAGUAGAUAUAAAACAUGAUAUAUAAAAUCAAUAGCUAUUUUUACUAUUUUGGCAUUUAAAUGAGGAAUUAAGCUACAUUUUACUUUUUAAUUUAAAUACUAUGAUAGUAAAUUCAAUAUUUAAAUAAAAAAUUAAAAUUUCUUAAAUAGAAUUAAUUAAAGAAUAUGUACUAUGUUCUAAUUCUUUAGGAAUUGUAGAUAUAUUGAAAUUUGAUUAAAAUAUGUAACUCUCUCCAUAUUCAUAUUAUCCUCAUUAAAUAGAACUAUGUAAGAAUUUACUUAUAUUUAGCCAAAACAUAUAAUAAAAUAUCCAGCUUUAAUAAAAUCACUUUAAAAAAUGAGAAUUAAGUUGAGAUUCAAUUAUUGCUUUUAGGCAGAACUUGCACAGAAAAUUCCACCUAACACAAUAUCGAAUUACUAUGUUUUAAUUGA